GUCAGCUCGAUGUUCAGUUAACACACAAUCAAUACUUAUGUCAUGCAAUACUCAUUUUAUACUGCAGGCCCCUUAAACCCACAACCACUCAAUGUCGAAUGUUACACGCUAGCUGUGAUAGCAGGAAGCACAAUAGGAACCCUCCUUCUUACCCUGCUGAUUGAAGGACUAGUUCUGACUGUCCUCUAUAGGAAGGGGUUCAGGUUUGGAAACAUCUUGAAAGGAACUGCUUCACAAACAAGCACCAGAAAUCCAGAAAUUGAAGAAAUGGAAAACAAAGGAUAUUCAUCCUUGGAUCACAUCAGUGGUCCGGCUCAGAACUCAGGCGUGGAUAAAGAAGGAUCGGAAAAACAACAUUACACACAGUUGAAGAUAUACCAGAAUACAAACGUCGAGGCCAAAGCAGAGACAAGUACCUACGAAGAUGUGACAGAGCCGCCUCCUGUGUCUUACGAGUCCAUCAACGCAUCUCCAUAUCAGAACACCCGUGCUCAACAUUAGGGUAGCUACUAUCUAAAAUAGCUAUGCCCUUGAAAACAAAAUAUGCUGGGAAUACACAAAGAAGCAUGAAAAGUGAUGACAUCAAAGGGCAGUUAAACAUAUCUCGUGAACAGAUAAAUGUCUUCACCUUUAGUUUACUUUUAAUGUUAACACAUGACUGUUACCUUGGAGAAUAUACAUAUGUUAUUUUAUGUUAUCAUAUCUGCUUGUCAGAACCUUGAUCAAAUACUGUGAAGGGUAAUACACUUCUCAGCCGAGGCAUACAUCUCUUAUACACCGCCACAAGCACUACAGGCUGCACGUGCAUUUCUGAGAGACAGAAUAAAUACCUAAAACACUGCUUCAAAGCAAAAAUGGCACGCUUUUUCCGAGCUACAACUUUUAGUAACUAUGUAAACAUAUAGCAUAACACAUUGUUAUGUGUCACAACACUUUUCAUUGGAAUAUACGCGUUUUGGUAACUUUCUGGUACUGUUGUUAAUAUAUUAAAUUACUGUCUCAUUUAUAAGUUUGUGUACAAAUAGUGGAUAUCUUAUAAUGCCGGUUUAUUUAUUAAAGCAAAAUUAUAUUGUGUAAACUGGUGAAUGACUCAUCGUUCGCAUA